UGUCUGCUUUAUCAUAGGUGCUGUCCUUAAAGAUGCGCCUCCACACAGACCUCCUCCUUCUACACCGCAAUCUCAUUCAGAGUGCAGGAGCUGAAGGGAUGAACACAGAAAGAGAGGGUGAGCUCCGGAGACGAAAGGAGAGAGAAAAGCUUGGAUGGGAGGAGAUGUCGAUGAUGGUGACCAUGAAGGUGGUUGGCCUGGGGGCCGUGGCCCUUACUGUCAGUCUGGAGCUACUUAGUUGGCUCCUCAGUCAUCUCAGGUCCAGAAGAACCCUCAAUCAGGUCCUGUUCUUCCCCUCAGAAACGGCCUGUGUGGAGCACAUCUUUACUCCCACUUCACCUCGUUUCUGUUCCUGCUCAUUGCCUCAUGGUGUCGAGACCUCUUUUUCCCGUCUUCUCCGCCACAUCCUCUCUGCUUCCACCUCUCUGGACUUGUGUGUCUUCUCUUUUUCCAACAUGGUCCUGAGUCGGGCUGUACUACUGCUGCAUAGCAAGGGGGUAACCAUCCGAGUCCUUACCGACAAGGACUACUCGGCCAUCUCUGGCUCCCAGAUUGGUGUCCUCCGCGAGGCUGGGAUCUGUGUGCGAUGUGACAAGAGCUCUACACACAUGCACCACAAGUUUGCAGUAGUGGACAGCCGAUUGCUCAUCACCGGCUCCCUCAACUGGACAUUGACAGCAGUGCAGAACAACAUGGAGAACAUCCUCAUCACUGAGGAGCCCGACCUGGUGAAGCCUUUCAUCAAGGAGUUCCACCGCAUGUGGGGGCUCAAUGAUCCGGCACAAAACCACCAGAACCAAAAACUGAUCAGCCAUGGCAUGUGCUGAACUACAUGUAAUAAGACUCUGACGUUCUAAGAGUUGGUGUUAAAUCUGUUUUAGGAAGCUUGGCCCCAAACGCCUCCAGCGUGAAUCUUUUCUUCAUAUUAAGAGGCUGUGUUGGCUUUCAGUUCAAGAGAACCAGGUUGUGUCGAGAUGAAGAAUGAAAGUUUAGUUCUGGUUUGUGCAUGUUUGAAUGUUUUUAGAGGUGAAAUUAUUAUUAUGAUAAAUAAUUAUAAUGUCACUUCUUAUUUAUAAUUUUAUUUAUGCUGUGUCAAAGGUUACUUUUAUAUUCUAGGGAGGUGGUACAUAAGCUAUAAUUUGUGUUAUGUCCAGAGUUGUACUGGCUGUUACUGGCCAUUGAAAUGCCAAUAAAAACCCUCUUUUACA